AUGUUGACGAAUACGCGGAAGAAAGAGAGGUACAAUGGGUCGCCUGUGGUCAUUGAAGUCGGUAGUGAUGGUGGGGAGGCGCAGGAGGUUCUCAUAGAGGCCGAUGAUGCUGAGGGAAGGUUGGAGCAGGAUUUGGCUGGGCUGGGUGGUACUCUCGAGGCUGUGUCCGAGACAGAUGAGUGGCUGGAGGCUACUGUGGAAGGAGGAGGAGGUCAUGAUGAGUUCGAGGAUGCCUGGGAGUUGGCCGACGAUGAGGCGACAGCAAUGGAUGAGACCACUGGAUCAGAGGAGAGUGAUUCUGAGGGGGGAUCUAUUCAUAAGGUGGAGGAGGCGAGCGGAGCGUUGCGAGGCGUCGUGGUGGGCAAUUACCGGUCUGGUGUGGGAGAAGACAAGGGCGACUUGGAGGCUAAUGAGGAGAUGGCUACGGCAGGGGAGGAGGUCAUCUCAGAGGAUGAUAUUGAUGUUAUGAUGAUAUGGGAGGCAGUGGAAACUGAGAGCAAGCGACGAAUUGAGGCGGAUAGCACGGCUGCUCUCGAAGGG